GAAUUACAGCUCACCAAAAAAUUAGAUUUAAAAAAUAGUAAAAAUAAUUUAAAAAAACAAAAACGAUAAUAAAAAUCACACUUUCCCACCCUCCUUACUCAACUCUCACUCAUCUUCUUCAUCCUUUUCCAUCUCAUCUUCUUCUCUCUCUCCUCCUUCUCCUCCGGCGAAUUUUCUGCCGGUACGGACGUCCCUAACUAGUCGCCGAGAAGAAAAAUGCGACUCUUACUUCUCUUGGUUCUUCUUCUCCAUAUCUACUCCCACGAUUCCAUUGCUGCCCGCGUACCGGAGUACAAGGCUCUUCUCUCUUUUCGAGCCUCCAUCUCCGACGACUCACAAUCUCCUCUAGCCACUUGGAACGCCUCCACAAGUCACUGCACUUGGUAUGGCGUCACGUGCGACUCUCGUCGUCAUGUGACUGCCCUCGACUUAUCGGGGCUUAACCUCUCCGGUACACUUUCGCCAGACCUCGCUCACCUCCGGUUUCUCUCUAAUCUCUCUGUUGCUGCCAACCAGUUCUUUGGUUCGAUUCCUCCCGAGAUCUCAGUGGUUACUGGGUUAAGGCUUCUUAACUUGUCUAACAAUGUCUUCAACGGGACUUUUCCUACUGAGCUCGCGCAGCUCAAGAACCUUCAGAUUCUGGACCUUUAUAACAAUAAUAUGACCGGAGAUUUGCCUCUCGACGUCGUUCAGCUUCCGAAUCUUCGCCAUUUGCAUUUGGGAGGUAAUUAUUUCAGUGGUAGCAUUCCGCGGGAGUAUGGUCAGUGGGAGUUUCUCGAGUACUUGGCGGUUUCGGGCAAUGAGCUCAGUGGCGCGAUACCGCCGGAGAUCGGAAACUUGACCAGUCUUAGGGAACUCUACAUUGGCUAUUACAAUAGCUACGAAGGUGGUUUGCCCGCCGAGAUCGGGAACUUAUCUUCCUUGGUUCGUUUCGAUGGGGCGAACUGUGGAUUAUCCGGCGAGAUCCCACCAGAAGUGGGAAGGCUUCAAAAUCUCGAUACUCUAUUUCUUCAGGUGAAUGGCCUAUCUGGGUCAUUGACGACAGAGCUGGGAACCUUGAAGAGCUUGAAAUCCAUGGACUUGUCGAACAACAUGCUUUCUGGCGAGAUUCCACCGUCAUUUGCGGACCUGAAGAACUUGACGCUGUUGAAUCUCUUCCGAAACAAGCUCCACGGAGCCAUUCCUGAGUUUAUUGGAGAGUUGCCAGACCUUGAAGUUUUGCAGUUGUGGGAGAACAACUUCACAGGAAGUAUUCCCCAAGGUCUGGGGAAGAACGGGAAGCUUCAGCUUCUCGACCUUUCGUCCAACAAGUUGACUGGAACUCUUCCUCCUUAUAUGUGCUCUGGGAACAAGCUUCAGACUCUGAUUACCUUGGGAAAUUUCCUCUUUGGUCCGAUCCCUGAGUCCCUUGGUAGGUGUGAAUCGUUGAGUCGGAUAAGAAUGGGCGAGAACUUUCUCAAUGGGUCUAUUCCGAAGGGGCUUUUAGGCUUGCCCAAGCUCACCCAGGUGGAGUUGCAGGACAACCUUCUCUCCGGGGACUUUCCUGAGACCCAUACCGUCGCUGGUAGCCUGGGCCAAAUCAGUCUCUCUAACAACCAGCUUUCUGGGUCUUUACCUCCCACCAUCGGAAACUUCUCUGGCGUUCAGAAACUUCUUCUCGAUGGCAACAAGUUUUCAGGUCGAAUCCCACCUGAAAUCGGGAGACUGCAGCAAGUUUCUAAGAUAGAUUUCAGUCAUAACAAGUUCUCAGGUACAAUUGCUCCACAGAUUAGCCAUUGUAAACUGUUGACAUUUGUUGAUCUUAGUAGAAAUGAGCUUUCUGGUGAGAUUCCUAACGAGAUUACUGGUAUGAGGAUUCUAAAUUAUCUCAACCUUUCGAGAAAUCAUCUAGUUGGGAGUAUCCCAUCAUCAAUAGCCAGUAUGCAAAGCUUAACAUCGGUUGAUUUUUCGUAUAACAAUCUCUCUGGUUUGGUUCCGGGAACUGGUCAAUUUAGUUACUUCAACUACACUUCAUUUGUUGGCAACCCUGAUCUUUGUGGCCCAUAUUUGGGGGCUUGUAAAGAUGGGAUUGCUGAUGGAACCCAUCAACCUCAUGUCAAAGGCUCACUCUCUUCCUCAUUGAAGCUCCUUUUAGUCAUUGGAUUGCUUGUUUGUUCAAUUGCUUUCGCAGUUGCUGCUAUCAUCAAGGCCCGGUCAUUGAAGAAGGCGAGUGAGUCUCGGGCUUGGAAACUCACUGCGUUUCAGCGCCUAGAUUUCACCGUUGAUGACGUUUUGGAUUGCUUAAAAGAAGACAACAUCAUAGGCAAAGGAGGAGCUGGGAUAGUUUACAAAGGAGCUAUGCCUAACGGAGAUAAUGUGGCCGUGAAAAGACUUCCAGCAAUGAGCAGAGGGUCUUCCCACGACCAUGGUUUCAAUGCUGAGAUUCAAACUCUUGGUAGAAUUCGACACCGCCACAUUGUUAGAUUAUUGGGAUUUUGCUCAAAUCAUGAAACCAAUCUUUUGGUUUACGAGUACAUGCCAAAUGGAAGCUUAGGUGAAGUUCUUCAUGGCAAGAAGGGAGGUCACUUGCAUUGGGAUACAAGGUAUAAGAUCGCCAUAGAAGCUGCUAAAGGUCUUUGCUAUCUUCAUCAUGAUUGCUCGCCGCUGAUUGUCCACCGAGAUGUCAAAUCAAACAACAUCCUUUUGGAUACAAGUUUUGAAGCUCAUGUCGCUGAUUUUGGCCUUGCCAAGUUUCUCCAGGACUCGGGAACAUCUGAGUGCAUGUCUGCCAUCGCUGGUUCCUACGGAUAUAUUGCCCCUGAAUAUGCAUACACAUUGAAGGUUGACGAAAAGAGUGAUGUGUACAGCUUUGGUGUAGUCCUUUUAGAACUUGUUAGUGGUAGGAAACCUGUGGGAGAAUUCGGAGAUGGAGUGGACAUAGUUCAAUGGGUUAGAAAAAUGACAGACUCAAACAAGGAAGGUGUACUCAAAAUCCUUGAUCCGAGGCUCCCUUCAGUUCCCAUCCAUGAAGUAAUGCAUGUUUUCUACGUAGCCAUGCUCUGUGUUGAAGAACAAGCUGUUGAGCGCCCAACAAUGAGAGAAGUUGUUCAAAUUCUAACAGAGCUUCCAAAGGCACCUAGCUCGAAACAGGGAGACUCAACAACAACAACAACAACAACAACAACAAUCCCAACAGAGUCUUCUUCCCCUCCUCCACCUCCACCUCCUUUUCCUCCUCAUCGCUCUGCUGUUGGCGGUUACGAAUCUUCAUCUCCUACCAACACAACAAGAGACAAUCAACAGCCGCCCCAAUCACCACCGCCUGAUCUUCUCAGUAUUUGAUGAAAAGGGAUUAGAGUGUUUGUUCUAUAUAUUCCAUGGAUGUCCUUAGUUUUUUCUUUUUUUUUUCUUAGUAUCUGCUUUCUUUUAGUUUAUUAUAUUAUGGGGUUGGGGGGAUAUGUUUGCUCUAACUGUUAAGGUGUUAAAUCUUUUCAAGCUUUCUUUUUUUGGGGUGGGUGUACAGUAGAAUUGGUUGGGGUACUUUUUUUUACUUUGUUUAAUUUUUCCUCGUGUAGUAAUAGUACUCUGGCUCCUGGUUGCUGCUUCACCUUCUGGUUUCUGUUUAUGGCUCAGGCCUUACUUGUAAUGCAAAGACGAGUCUCAGUGAAAAGCAUCAAAGGGAAAGAAGUCUUUUUAAGGA